CCGCCUUCUCUGGCUCCGCCGCGGGGGUCUCAGUGGCUGCCGCGCUGUCCUCGAGUUUCCAGCGUGAGGAGGAGGCUGAGGGCGGAGGGGCGCAUCGUGUUCGAGGCGGAGACUGAGGGGAAGCCCCGUGCGCAGCGUCGCUCAUUGCUAUGGACAGUGCUAUCACCCUGUGGCAGUUCCUCCUUCAGCUCCUGCAGAAGCCUCAGAACAAGCACAUGAUCUGUUGGACCUCUAAUGAUGGGCAGUUUAAGCUUUUACAGGCAGAAGAGGUGGCUCGUCUCUGGGGGAUUCGCAAGAACAAGCCUAACAUGAAUUAUGACAAACUCAGCCGAGCCCUCAGAUACUAUUAUGUAAAGAAUAUCAUCAAAAAAGUGAAUGGUCAGAAAUUUGUAUACAAGUUUGUCUCUUAUCCAGAGAUUUUGAACAUGGAUCCAAUGACUGUGGGCAGGAUUGAAGGUGACUGUGAAACUUUAAACUUCAGUGAAGUCAGCAGCAAUUCCAAAGAUGUGGAGAAUGGAGGGAAAGAGAAACCACCUCAGCCUGGUGCCAAGACCUCUAGCCGAAAUGACUACAUACACUCUGGUUUAUAUUCUUCAUUUACUCUCAACUCUUUAAACUCCUCCAAUGUAAAGCUUUUCAAAUUGAUAAAGACUGAGAAUCCAGCUGAGAAACUGGCAGAGAAAAAAUCUCAGGAGCCUACACCAUCUGUCAUCAAAUUUGUCACGACACCUUCCAAAAAGCCACCAGUUGAACCUGUUGCUGCCACCAUGUCAACUGGCCCAAGUAUUUCUCCAUCUUCAGAAGAAACUAUCCAAGCAUUGGAGACACUGGUUUCCCCAAAACUGCCUUCCCUGGAAGCCCCAACCUCUGCCUCUAGCAUAACAACUACUUUUGCCACCACACCACCCAUUUCGUCCAUACCCCCUUGUUUGCAGGAACCUCCCAGAACACCUUCACCACCACUGAGUUCUCACCCAGACAUCGACACAGACAUUGAUUCAGUAGCUUCUCAACCAAUGGAACUUCCAGAGAACUUGUCACUGGAGCCUAAAGACCAGGAUUCAGUCUUGCCAGAAAAGGACAAAACAAAUAAUUCAUCAAGAUCGAAGAAACCCAAAGGGUUAGAACUGGCACCCACCCUUGUGAUCACAAGCAGUGAUCCAAGCCCACUGGGAAUAUUGAGCCCAUCUCUCCCUACAGCCUCUCUUACACCAGCAUUUUUUUCACAGACACCCAUCAUACUGACUCCAAGCCCCUUGCUCUCCAGUAUCCACUUUUGGAGUACACUCAGUCCUGUUGCUCCCCUGAGUCCAGCCAGACUGCAAGGUGCUAACACGCUUUUCCAGUUUCCUUCUGUACUGAACAGUCAUGGGCCAUUCACUCUGUCUGGGCUGGAUGGACCUUCCACCCCUGGCCCCUUUUCCCCAGACUUACAGAAGACAUAACCUAUGCACUUGUGGAAUGAGAGAACUGAGGAACAAAGAAACAGACAUUCAACAUGAUUGCAUUUGAAGUGAGCAAUUGAGUUCUACAAUGCUGAUAAUAGACUAUUGUGAUUUUUGCUGUUUCCCAUUUAAAACAUCUUUUUAGGAUUCUCUUUGAAUAGGACUCAAGUUGGACUAUGUGUAUAAAAAUGCCUUAAUUGGAGUCCAAACUCCGCUUCCCUCUGUUUUUUCCUUUUUUUUUUCUUUCUCCUUCUUUCAAAAUAUUUUGAGCUUUGUGCUGAAGAAAUUUUUGGUGGGUUUAGUGGCUAUGCUUUGCAAGAGCAGUUAAGAACAAAGUUACUCCUUCUGGCUGUUGGGACUCUUUGGCCAGGAAAAAUUAUGCUUAGAAUCUAUUAUUUAAAGAAAUAUCAGUGAAAUGAAUUGGCAUCUUUAGUACUAAGUGUGCUCUGUUGAGUGGCUAAAAGUGAACUGUUCCUAAGCAGUACAAGAAUCAUUCCUAUUGAUACAAAGUAAGAUUGCAGCAGUCAUACUGGGGAGAUUGUUUUGUGUGAACUAUAACAUAUGUAAGCAACUCCCCAAAGGGGCAUCUCGUUUUCCUUUAUUCGGGGUGGAUCUCUCAGCCAUUUGUAUGAUCCUGUCUGAACCUGUCAACAGGGCAUGGAGCUAGUCUAUUUCAAUGUAGAAAGAUUUUUUAGACCUGGGGUUUAGGAUACGUUUUGAAACAUCUAGUGAGAAUAUGGGACCUCAUAUCUAGCACAGAAAUGUUAUUCGCCCUCUGGGUGGUAUGAUUAUAUGCCCAUGAAAUGCAGCAUGGGAAAUGAACACUUUUAGGAGGAUGAACUUGGGUUUUGAAUAUUUGAAACAUCUCUGGUAAAAGAUUCAAUCAAAUAACUUGAAACAACAUGUUGGGGUUUUCUCAAUUAGAAGAUAACUGAGUGAAGGACCCCAUUUUUUUCCUGUUCAUUUUACCUCAUUUUCCACUAUAUAUUGAUCAACUUUCCUUUAUGUUUCAGGUUGUUAGAGGUUCUAAUAGUUUUAAAGAUGCAGUCAGGAGGGUAGAAUUCAAAGUGAAGCCUCCCCAGUCAUUAGCUAAGUAAAGUUGUGCUUAUUUCUUUCAACUUUUUUUUUUUAAUGGGGAAGAGCAGAGUUCAUUUGGGAAUACUUAUACAUAGGGGAUUGGAUUAUUCAUAUUAGUAGUAAAAAAAUGUAGGCCUUCAUCUCUGCAUCACCAAAUUUGUAAAAUAUUACUGUAUGGUAAUCAUUGCCAGGUACAGAUUUGUUGGUUCCCCAAGCUGAAUUGAUACCAAUAUCAUGGUGGUGGAGUCUUUUGAAAAAGUUGGCAUUAAAGUCCAGGAUUAAAUUAUAUGUUGUCACCAUCCAUCACCACUACUGCCCUCCUCCACCAACCUCUCCCACCGGUUAAACUAAUCUUCUAACCCUGUAGAAUCACAUGAACUAAAUGGAAUGAAGGAGUAAGGACUUGAAGGCUCAAACUGACACUGUUAUAAACUAGCAUCUCUCAGGUGCAUGGUAGUUACUUUCCAUGUGCUUAUAUAUGGUGGAGAGAAGGAAGCUCUUGUAUAAGAAGACAUCUAUGCUAGCUAACUUAGUAGUAGAGGGAACAUAUUCAGUGAGCUGCCUUUAUUAUCUGUAGUUGGAGGUUUUUUACUGGUUCAUUUGUGGUUAUCAGCUGAAGGUUCUGUUCCUGAGAUGUGCAAUAGUAGUGUUGGAAGGUAGUGUUUAAUAGUGAUGGGGAACAGACAUAUUGGACUUUUUUUUCCCAUAUUGAAUUAUUUAGUUUGCAUGCCUGUUUGAAAUUGGACCUCUCAGCAGCACUUUGGAAUAGUUUCAUUAGGUUAACAUUUUGUAUAUUAAAUAAGUAAAUAUAGAUGGUUGAUUUAACUAGAUGUGUUAAAUUUUAAAAGCACAAAGGUAUUUUAUCUUUUUGAAUUAAAGGAGAAAAGCCAUUGAUUUGUUUUCAUAGAUGGUAUAUUUAAUAAUUAACUGUCUCAGCACAGAGGUACCUUGGAACCAAGGGCACCAUUGAAACUCAGUUGAAGCAACUUCCUAGCAAACCAUUUUAGUGAGUCCUUUUUGCAUAAACCUAUAGCUGAAGCCUCUUGAGAGGUAUGAAGCUGUCACAGAUUGGUGAUCUGCUAUCUCUUUGAGAUCAACUGAUUUGGAGAAGCAUGUGUGUUCGUGUCCUUUUUUAAGUCGAAGUUUACAACUUUAGUGCAAGUGUAUGAGGCAGACAAUUCUGUUUAUAGACUACCUCCUUCCUGGAAAAGUCUCGGCUUCAUACUCUGUUGAAUAUCCGAAGAAUUCUUAGUGUGACAUACCACUUCAGAUCAGUUUUCACUGGAGAGACUUGUAAUUGGUAGCUGUAGCUGGUAUCCAUCCCUCGUCACUUUGCCAGGAUGAAUGCUGUUAGGCACCAGUAGCCUAAGUUACAGAAGGGAGGCAGAUUGAAUGGGGUUUUGAGACAGCUUCUCUGGUAUCUUAGCUUUCUUUCUGCUCUGGCCCCCAUCCACUCAGUCGUGUGCCGGAAAAUGUUUAACAACCAGGAUAUCUGGGGUGGGGGAGGGGGGAGCCCUGAAUUUGUAGCAUUUGCUGAUUUCUUUGAUAUAAAUUAAUUACCCUGUGGCUGAUUUCAAGCUACCACCUUAGAGUUGAGAAGGGAUGUGCACAGUUGGCUUAGAGCCAGUGCUGGCAAACCAUUGCAUUUACUCCAUCCAAGAAUGGAUUUUCAUAUAAUUUCUAAAAUAAUUUUUUCUUAUUUAUGUAAUGAUUUUUAAAUAUACAAAAUUAAAAUCUCAUGUCUGAGUUCAGUGAUUUUUUUUAUUUUUAUUUUUCUAGAAAUGAGAGCUUUCAGGAAUCCUUUAAUUAAUUUAAUUUUUUAGAGAUGGAGUCUUGGUGUGUUACCCAGGGUAGACUCAAACUCCCAGGCUCAAGUGGUCCUCCUGCCUCAGCCUCCCACAUAGCAGGGCUAUAGGCAUGUGCCACCACACCUGUCUUAGUAAGCCUUCUUUAUUAAUGGUUUGUCACAGAACGUUUGUGAUGUUACAUUGCUCAUGGCAUACGUAUGUGUUUGAACAAAGGUGGAAAUUCCUGUUUUUUUUUUUAAAUUUAUAUGCAAUCUAGAUUUUGAGGACUACGAGAAGGGGAAAAAAAGUAGUAGAGGCCCUUAAAAGGUCAACCUUAAGCUGCUUAGAGUUAAAAUAUGAGUUUAAUUUUUCCCCCACAUUUUGACAGUUAAAAUUUUGAUAGGGACAGUAAGCCUGCAAGCCUCUAUUAGGGUGCUGGAUUUUUUUUUUAACUGGAAAAUUCCUUGAGGAUUUACAUACUAUAUUACAGAUUUAAAAAGGUAAGACUGACUGACAUAAAUCAGAGGUUUGGAAUUCUGGAGCUAUAACUCCAGGAUGUUGAUAAUAUCACUUCAGUUCCCUUCACGCCUGCAUCAUGUGACGUCCAGUCUGACAACAUUGUUUCAUCCUGAUCUCAGACUUUGUACUAUGAUUCUCAGGUUCUUAAAGGUUGCUUUAUGUUUUUAGUGAAUGUAAGCGCAUUUAGAGCCACUCAGUACCACUUCUCAAUACCUCUGAAGCGGUGGUUUAGAAAAGCAGUAUUUCAGAAAAGCAGCGUCUAGCCUUUUUGAACACGCACCUUGAUCAGUAAAACUUUCCCUACUAAAAAUUUAUAUGGGUAUAUGUUAAAUUAUAUAUGACUAUACCAAAGUAAUAUGUUCAUUAUAAAACAUACACAAAACUUGAAAAGAAGGGUGGCAUAAAAAGCAAAUCUUGAGUAGCAGUUAUCAUAUUUUCUUCCCACACCCCAGUUGGUUGUCUUGUGCGUCCCCCAGAAGCACACACUGUACCUAAAGACUGCUGACUCAGGGUAUUCUCAGUCUAAUCUCCAAAAAUGUAUGAUGCUCCUCUUGUGAUAUAUGGAGAAAUCCUAGAGAUUUGGAGUUUUUCAAGAGAGCUUAUUGUCAAUUUUUGAAAUUUUACAUUCUUUUUGGUAACUUUCCAAAUAAUAAUCCAUUACCACCUGUUUUCCACAGCUUCAUUCAUACUACUGUUGUCAGCCUGUUGUCUCUUAUCUUCAUGUUAGGUAUGACUAUUUUUAUUUUACUGGUCUCACAAACUUCUUUGGGCCUUGUGUUAUAUUUUACCAACAAAUUUAGAAUCAUUUCAAGUUGCUUUAUGUUAAAAUAUAUAACAAGUAACAUUUUCUUGCUGGAUUAAGUUUUUGAUAUUUGAAAUCUGUGAUAUUACAGCAUCUGAAGGAAUACUUUUCUUUAUAGGUCUCUUCUGUUUUUAACUCAGUGAUGGUAUAUGUUUUAUUUACCCAUGCCAGGAAUCUAGAAUCAUGCUUACUUAGGUGCCAUUCUUAGGUGUGAAAACAAGUUUGGAGACAAAUGCAAGUCUCUAUGCAGAAACCUGAAGCUCUAAAUGAAUUACCAAACCAAUAGGAAAGUUAAAAAGACUACUCAUGCUAUAGUGUGUCAUCUGAAGGUGUGAUGGAAUACAUUAUUUCGUGUUGAGAAGUUAAUUGUUCCGUAGUGUAGUAAAUGAAGUGUGGAGAUCAGCCAUAAUGGUCUUUCUUUGGCAGGUACUUUGACCAGAGAGUGGGUUCUAUGGAAAAUAUAAUUAUAUUCUUGGUUUGGGAUCAACAAAUAAAUGAUUUGUUACUGUUUUAAUGCUGCUGGCGUUGCCUGAAACAAAGUGCCUCUUAUGUCAUCAGAACUCUGCUUACUGAAGUUGAAGUUUUAAUCUUAGAAUCUAGAAUUCUUGUGGCCAGUGGGGUAUUAAAAAAGGAAAAUGGUUUCAUUUUAUUUCUUGUACUUGGUGGAAUGUGUCACUUCAAAUCUGAAAGGUGAAUUGUUAAUGGUAGUAUAAUUGUUGCAUUUGAAGCUGUCAGUUUCAAGUCACUUCUCUAAAAAAAAAAUUGUGAUAGAUUGAUAGCCUGCCAGAAAAUAGCAAUUUCUAAGGUGCUACCAUUCACACUUAGUCAUUGUGAUAGAUGAAAAUCCAGAGUGGUUUGUAGGAAAGGGGAAAUACUGGCUCUAAACUUUCUAUAGAAACCAGGAAAUUCAUGCUGUUGUUGACAUAAUUUUAAAGGAAAUAUUUAAAAAGAAAAUUCAUGAGGGGUACAAUCAAACAUAGUAAAUCUCUUGAGUGCUAAUCAUUUGAGUAUAGUCCACAUCAGAAAGUUUUAUGAGGUUGAAGACUUUACUUUGAAAUAUUUAAUUGGGAGAUUAGAGCAUUUUUUUCCAAGUCAUUCUGAUUUAUUGGCCUAUGUGUACGAGUAUAUGUGUACGAGUGUAUGCUGAUGUAUCGACUGAAUGUGUGUAUGUAUGAGAAAAUCUGUUUUCAGAGGGAACAUACAUUAAUGGCUCCUAGUCUAUUUUAUACUAAAACUAAAAAAAAAUAAAUAAAAUUGCUGCACUUUGCAGUUGCCACUUUUUAAAGAUUAAUGCUUUGCACAUUUCAGUAGGCCUUAAAAAUGAAUUACUUGCCAACAUUUUAGAAAUAUACUGCUUACAUGUGACAUACUCUAAACAAAGUCAUUGUAAAUUGUUCUCUUAGGUUCAUGUAUUGUCAAAUAAGGAUGUCCUUCUUAAAAUUUCUACAUUUGUUUGCUUUUGUGUAAAAUCUUUAUUAGUUUGUGUUGUAAGUUUCUCAAAGAGGAGGUUUAUACUCUAAGCAGUAUUUCUAAAGUACAGAGAUUCGACCAAUGGAUUGAACACAGUAGUGAAGGAAUUCUGGCAUUGUGGCCUAAUUUAUCCUUUUAAACUGUAUGUCAUUAGCAUUAGCCAAAACCUCAGAGUAGAAUGUCUUGGGCUGAAUGAUCUUCUCAACUUUGCCUUGUUUCCCAUUUCAUAAAGGCUCCUUCUGGUUUGGUUUCCCCUCCAAGGAUUGUGAGCCAUGCUCACUUAGGCCUGGGAUCUUCUGGAUGGCGUCAGGGAGGAGGUGGGGUUUCCUGUGGCUGGCCCAGAGUUCUAGCCAGUGGAAUCAUUCAAGAAUGCCUAGAGUUCAGGGGUGGGAAUGCCAUAUAUUGGUGUUCAUCACUUGGCACUUUCUUGGGCACCAGUAUUAGCACUGUUUCAUUUUUAAUAACUGGAAGCACUUAAUGAUUAUUUCAUUUGUUUAAUUUCAACUUAAGGAUAUUGAGGUUCAGGGAAAUAAGGUUUAUUUCUUGUUUAUGUUUUCUGGAACCUAUGGGGUGUUUGUAGAAGGGAUAAAUGGGUUACCUAAUGAGCCAUUCUUCUAGGCUCUCUAAGAUUACACUUUUUUGGCUAGGUUAUUAAAAUAAUUUGCAAGCUUUUAAUACUGUGCUUUGUAGAAAUUUACAAUUUCUAAAAAUAAUUUGCAAUUGAUAGAUUACACUUAAAUUUGUAAAGUACCGAAUUUUAAGUUGCUUUUCGGUUUAGUCAUUAUUGCUUAUUAUCUGUUGUGUAGGGGACACAGUCCUCUCUAAGGCAUUUCAUUGUUUUGUUUUUCGGGGCAGUAUUAACCAGUGGCCUUUGUAUGUAGAUUCAUUGCUUACAUUUAUUGUUUAUGUGGUAGAGUAGCAUUUUUAUGAACUUCCCUGUUCAGUGUUAGUGAAUUAAGAUGCAUAUAUGUAAAGAUAGAAAAGAAAUGAAUACAAUUAAUUUUUGAUUCCUUGAGGUCUAUUUAUUUGGUUUGGCCCUGGAUGCUUUAUAAUCACAAUCAUAUCUCUUCAUUUCCUUUGAACAGUUUCAUUUAUCUUCGUGGGCAGGGAAAAUUAAAAAUGAAACCGAGUCCAGUCAUUUUGUUACUGGUUAGCUUUAGUUUGAGGCAAGUAAAAAUUUUUGAUUAAAAUUAGUCUUUUAGAAUUAUGCCCUUUCUUUACCAGAUAAUCAGAUUGGCUCAAAAAUAAGAGUGUAUAACUUUGUAUUUUGAAGAACAAACUAAUAAUUUUCCAUGAGCCUUAUUGGAUCUUCUUUUAAGAAGACCUUCCUAAGAGACAACUAGGGAUGAGUUUGAUUAAUGGGAAAUAACUGUAGGUUAGAUUAUUUUAAAUUCUAUACACCAAGUGAUUUAACCACAGUGGCAGUGACAGUUUGUGGAUUAUCAGGUAUGGACAUCACUUAAAAAUUAAAAGAUACUUAAUAAUAAACUCUUAAUUUUCAUUCAGCCAGUUUGUAAGUCAGAAGAAAAGCAUAUGUCUGCCAUGGGACUAUUGAAGUGUGUCUCCAUCAGUGUUAACCCAGGAGAGAUGUAUUAUUUUAUGUAAAUGUCUUAGUUCGGGAUAUGUGGUAGUAAGAACAUGUCAGAGUGCUUUCUUCAAACAUGUCAGCUCAACUGAGAAGACAGUUACUUCACUGUUUAUUUUUUUCCUGUUUUAUUGAAAUCUAUAUCUCAUAUUGAGUACCUAACACUUUGUAGAGCUACUUACAUAUAAUGCAAGUGCACAUCUAUCCAAAGGAAUGGAUAACUGUUAAAGUGUUAAUAAUUCAUCUUAGUUAAUUUCAGCAUAAUUUACAUUAAGGAGACCUAAAAAGCACCUUCAAAGUAUUGAAAGACCUAAUUUGGUCUUUUUCCUAAAAAAGUAGUUAAAAUGGUCACUGCUAACAUUUAUUAAAAUUCAUCUUAAUUGAUGAAGCAGCUGGAGGGAAGCUGCCACAUCACCUAGCUAAGCAGUCGGACUUACCUGUUGGGAAACAAAGGGACACUGCUCUAAGACUGAUUAGGAUGAUUGUAGCUACAGUCUUGAAUUCAGUCUGUAUGCAGCAGAGAAAGUUUUAUAGAGAGUUUAGAUAGGUGAGGGAAAGGAUGCGAUAGCACUUUGAGGGCUUUAUAAUAAUAUGCUGCUCGAAAAAAAAAUGUUUAGUUGAUAUUCAGUGCAUCUCCAGACAUAGUAAGGGGUUGCUCUGACCAAUCAGGAGAUCAUUUUUUCUAACACUUCCCAGGUUUUAUGCAAAAAUUUUGUUAAAUUCUAUAAUGGUAAUAUGCAUCUUUUUGGAAAGAUAUACAUUUUAAAAAUUCUAUUUUAUGUAAGAACUGACAGGAAUUUGCUUUGUAUAAUGCAAGCUGACUUUACAGAAGCACUGUAGCAAAUUUACUACAAGUUAAAAUUAUACAGAUAUGUUAAUAGAUAUAUGUGCAACUAGAUAUGGACAGCAAUUGUAUUUUUUUAAAUAAAUAUUUUUAACAAAAUGA